AAAAACUCAAAAUUGGUAAGGAAAUGGAAAAGUUAAAAAAAAUUGGCUACCGCCACUUAAAACUUUACAUUUGUUUUAAACAUCUAAAAUCUUUCCAAUUUGAAAGAAAAACGGCCUACAAACAAUUAUGUACAUAUUUGUUGAUGGUUUCACACAAACGUACCUGAACUGUGAACAUAAUUUACUCUCAAUGGGUAAAGGAAGGAAGGAAGGAAGGAAGAGGACAAGAGAGGAAUAUUCGAACAACGUUUUGGAAUGUAGCCGCACAUCUUCCGGAAGGUAGGUAGCAGCUACAUCAAAGUUGCGAGGAAAAGUUGUUGAUGUUCGUUGUUGUUCAGGACUCACAAUGAUUAUAUUUGCAACCGAGGUCGGGCUACUGGCUACAUGAAUUAAACAACUUGGAAGAGUUUGGGUAAAUAUAAAUGAAAAGUUAUUUAAUUUCAGAGGCUUUAGCCUACGUUAAACUUUUCGAAGCGGUUUCUACAAUGGCCCGAUUCCAUCUCAAGGGCGCAUGAUCUACAGAAAAACUUCGAACUUAGUUUCGACUUAAUUUGAUCUACGAUCAAGACUACUGACUGAACAUUUGAGAAAAAUACAAGAACAACCAUGGCAAUCGCACAUGUCGCAACUGAAUACAUGUUCAGCGAUUUUCUCCUGAAAGAGCCUGCUCAGGGAGGGUAUCGCACCCUGCGCACGGACCUUGCCGUGGAUAAGAUGGUCACAUGUGUGGCUGUGGGACUCCCUCUCCUUCUCAUCUCUUUAGCCUUCGCGCAGGAGGUCUCAGUUGGUGCUCAGAUAAGCUGUUUCCCACCCAGCAAUUUUUCCUGGCGGCAAGCAACAUAUGUGGAUUCCUAUUGUUGGGCAGCAGUACAUACACACACACUACCUUUAUGGUUACACAAGUUCUUCCCCUACAUGUUGCUGCUUGUUGCGGUGAUGAUGUACGGUCCGGCGCUGUUCUGGCGUUUCUCCGCGGCUCCCAGACUGCAGUCUGACCUCAGCUUCAUCAUGGAGGAGCUCGACCGCAGCUACAACCGGGCCGUCACUCUGGCCAAACGCAUGGCCACCUCAAGGGUCCUGGCCACCGACAGCGACCCCACCGAGGGGUGUUUCAUGUACCCUGUGGUGGAGAAGUACCUGAUGACCAAGCGCUGCUCACGGGUGUUGCUGUGGCGCUACCUGUUGUGUCGCGGUCUGACCCUGAUCACCCUGCUGUGUGCCUGCGUCUACCUGGGCUACUACCUCCGUCUGGCAUCCGUCACAGACCAGUUCGGCUGUCGGCUGCGCUCCGGCCUGCUGGCCUCAGACAUGUCCAUCCCAGAACAGGUCCAGUGCAAACUCAUUGCAGUGGGGGUGUUCUCAUUGUUGAGCUUCGUCAACCUAGUGCUGUUCAUUGCACUGGUUCCUGUGGUGAUAUACGCCAGUAUCCGACCUCUCCUCUGCCAAAGAUUUGACUACUUCCUUAAACCCUACCAAUCCCUGCCCACUGUGAGUGUUCUGCCCACUCCUGAUGGCCAUUGGGACGACCUUGCCCUGUAUCUGCUUUUCCUGGAGGAGAACCUCAGCGAACUCAAGUCCUACAAGUACAUUAAGGUCUUGGAGUUGCUCAGGAAGCGGGGUUUGUGUGAGGGGGAGGAUUUUGACUCAAUGGGACUGCUACAAACGCUCUGUCUGGUGAAAACAGAUACCAUUGAUGGGAAGAACCCCAAUACUAGCGAUACCGUUAAAACGAAUGCUAACCCCAAUGGGAACCCUGAUGCUAAAGCUAACCCUGGAUUAGCCAGAGCGAGCAAUGAGGCUGUAGCUCCCAGGUCAAUCUCCCUGAACCCAGAUCAGGGUCAGGGCGAAGGGAUCGAGAUGGAGGAGUUAUCUGCUAUGUUGCGUAGAACCAGUGGGAUGACAGGCAGUACAACAACUGAAGAAGGGGGUGUGCGACAGCGAGUAAUCUGAGUUUCUGCUGACAUGACGAUAAAAGGACAGCCCCACUGAAUUCACAUCAGGGUCAUCCGUAUUGUCUCUGGAACUGUUGACCCUAAACCUGGAGGACAGUACAAUUGUUUACAACUCUGCCAAUGCCCUGCCAAGCUGUUUAUGACUUGGUUGCACUGCUUUCAAAGUUUUAUUGCUGCAAAAUUGGGAGAAUUUGCCCUGUGUACUGUCACUGUUUAAUCAAGUUAACAGGAAUAAUAUACUUUGUAUUAUUGAAGCUGUAUUAUUGGUCACUGAACACUGAAUGUAACUCUGACUGCAGUUCAGUGACUUGACAUUAUCUUGCCAUUGCUCAGGAACCUUGCCAACAUUAUGGCUCAUAAUUUGGCUUUUGGGGGGGAGGUGGGGAGAAGCAAUUUUAAUGCGACUGAACCACGAAAGCUAAAGGGGAUGAGGAUCGCGGUUUUGGUGCCUAGGUACAUUUCUGUGUAAACUAUUGAAACUGCAUAUCUGAAAGAGAUAGUUUUUGUGUAUUUGUGUUUGAUGGUUUUACGUAGUAAAUAUAGAUUAUUAUUUAGAAAAAUGAUGUGUGUCUUAUUAUUUCCUCUCUUUUUUUAUUGAUUUAUUAUUUAGGAUAAGUUUAGAAUUUAGGAGCAAAGUUAAAUACUCCACCCACCCGGCCAACGACGUGUAACGAAACGUGAAAUUAUCACGUCACUAUACCAGAAGCGAAACGCGUUGUUUACUUUGAUCAAUCGUAGCAAACGAUUUCAUAACGUUGCCUUGGUAUCCCACACACCACCGACGUUACUCCGCGGAGUUAUUCCGAUGUCGUCGCCGGAGAUAGCGUC